AUGGGCCUUCUUCUGGCAUUAGCGGCCUUUGUGCUAUUAUGGUACAGUGUGAUUUUGGCGGUGGCAUUGGCAGGCUUCCUCUGCAUUGCCGUGGUGUUCAAAAAACCGCUGCCGCCGUCCCAUGACCUAGAUAUCCUCGAACCCGUCACGAUCGUCAGACCCAUCAAGGGCAUUGAUCCCGAGCUCUCCCUGUGCUUAGAGUCGUCGUUCCUUCAGAAUUACCCCCAGGAGAGACUCCAGAUCUUGUUCUGCGUGUACGAGGAGUCUGACCCGGCGAUGCCGAUUCUCCAGCUGCUCAUAGCCAAAUACCCACAUAUAGACGCCAGCAUUCUCGUUUCAGAGCCAGGGCAGGACUACUUCGGCCCCAAUCCCAAGGUGAACAACUUGGCCAAGGGCUUCAGACAGGCCAAGUACGAUUUGGUGUGGAUCUUGGACCUGAACGUGUGGGCACUGCCGAAUAUCGUCGCCAACGGAGUCUCUGCUAUGAUGAACAACACGAAUUGCGGCACCAGCAUCAACCAUAGAGGCCGUACCGUCCGUCUUGUUCACCACGUGCCGUUGGCUGUAUCUUUAGACGCCUCUGGUGCCGGCUCUUCCCUAGACGAGAUGUUCUUGUUCACAUCUCACUCCAAAUUCUACGUUAGUCUCAACAACUUGUCGAUAGCGCCCUGCGUGAACGGCAAGUCAAACAUGUAUAGAAGGUCAGACUUGGACCGGGCCGUGGCUCUGAUCCCGCAACAACGCUGUGAGUUCUUCCACGAACAAUCUGUGGUGUCCGAUGCUGCUCGUGUAGCGGCACGAGGCCCAGGCCACUCCAUCGGCUUCUUCGCAAAGUACAUUGGCGAAGACAAUAUGAUCGGAAUUGCCUUGUGGGUGUACUGUUUUGGGCGUACGGCUCUCACGGGCGAUGUCGUUUUGCAGCCACUCAUUUCACUGACAGACUCGAUCCAAGAGUACUUCAGCCGACGGGUCCGCUGGCUCAGAGUGCGUAAGUACAUGGUGUUGGCGGCGACGCUCGUGGAACCCACUACAGAGCUGAUUGUGUGUGGCUGCAUGGGCACGUUCGGCCUCUCGGUGCUCUACUGGGACUGUCUCUUCAAAUGGAAGUUUUUCAUCUUCCACAUGGUGUGCUGGCUCAUCUGUGAUUUCGUUCAAUACAAUAUCUGGAUGCGCCAUCUCGACCUGGUGGUGAGACCGCCCUACUGGUUUGCCCAUAUGGACAGUAAGAGAAGGUCUGUGUGGCAGUGGUGCCGAUUUUGGGUUAUGAGAGAGGUAUUUGCUCUUCCUAUUUGGAUCACCGCCAUGGUGGGCCAUGAGGUAAGCUGGCGUGGGCGGCCCUUCCGCAUCAAGCAAGACCUUUCUGCCGAGGAGCUUUAG